AUGGGCCGUCCAGGGUACGCCACCAUCACGUUGGACCCCUCGGCGCCCUUUACCGGAAUCCUGUAUACCGAGCGCCCCGACGCCACCGCUUCCCCCUAUACACGACUGUACACGCCCCUCCCCGAGGCCACGGACUGUUCGACCAACUACUGGGUCGACGAGGCCUACUGCGUUGGUAUCGCGGACGAUGACGACGGAACCAUGACCGCCUCAUCCACAACAACCACCGCCUCUCCCACACAGCCAACACCGCCCGGCCCGACCAUGUCUGGCUCGCCAGAUAACUGCAACAAGUGGUCUCUCGUCACCGCGAGCUUGUCCUGCACGGACCUGGCCAGCCAGGCGGGCAUCUCCCUUGCGCAGUUUCUGGCGUGGAACCCGGCCGUGAGUAGCGAUUGCGUGACCAAUUAUUGGUUGGGCGAGGCGUGUUGUGUUGGUCUUAGUGCUUAG